CCCUCCUCGCCGUUGCCCGCGGCUCGCUCACACUUGCAUCUCAGCGCCGUAGCCCAAGUCAUCCGGUACCGCCUUCGCGCAAGGUCCUAGGAUUUGGAACCCAGAUACCACCGCCACUCGACUGACAUCCCGAGACCGCAGCGUCUCCGUACCUCUUGCUUCCUCUCCUCCACCAUCCUCCUGUCCAUACAUACGUCUCUAGCACCUGCAGUUUUGGAUCUGCCAAUCCCUCGACCAUUCAAACACCACGAUGGACGCACUCAAAUCUCUCGUCCAGCCCCUCGUCGGCGGAGGCGGAGGCUCGUCGAUGAUUGACGGCAUGAAACUUGUUGUCCUUGGUGGCACAGUUGAGACAGCUCGCAGAAUGGCUAGUUCAGGCUGGUCCCACUUCAUAAAUUCCUUCUUCCUGACCGCACAUUUCUCGGAGGAGGAUUAUCCUUAUGACUGGUUGAUGCUGUGGCUGUCGCGUAGACCCGAAUGGCAACGCUCUCGCGAGUUCGAGACGACUACCAGGACAUCGACGCCGGGUUUCGGCACCCGCGCGGGAGACAACUCCUUUGGCGACGAUGACGAGAACGACGACGAUGUACCAGGAAAGGUGAAGACACGCGUAGUGUUCCAGCCAACGCCGAACACAACACACACCAUCUUCUACAGGGGUCACUGGCUGCGCGUUCGUCGCACACGGAAGCAGGACCCAUACGGCGGCAGCAGUGAAGUGCUCUCCGUCAGUGUCGUCGCGCGCAACAACUCCAUCUUGAAGCAACUGGUGUUGCAAGCGAAGAAGGAAUAUGAGGCUGAGGCCGUACAUCGUAUUCAGAUAUACUUCGCUGAUUCCCAUGGGUGCUGGAGGUGGACGGACUCGCGCCACAAGCGACCAAUGUCGUCCAUCGUUCUCAACCCCGGGGUUAAGGAAAUGCUUCUGGCGGACACGAAAGAUUUUCUGAAAUCUGAAAAGUGGUAUGCAGACCGCGGUAUACCAUUCCGCCGAGGCUAUCUGCUGUACGGCGUGCCGGGCUCGGGCAAAAGCUCCCUCAUCCAUGCUAUCGCCGGCGAACUUAUGUUGGACAUCUACGUUGUCUCCCUGUCAUCAUCGUGGAUCAACGAUAGCACUUUGACAACACUCAUGGGCCGCGUCCCGGCACGAUGCAUCGUCUUGCUUGAAGAUCUCGAUGCCGCUUUCACGAGGAGCACAUCUCGAGACGAUGAAUCAACGAGCAGCCCCGAAACAAAGAACUCAACCAGUUCUUCGGAAAAUACAGACUCGCACUCACGUAGCAGGCGUCACAAGAACGACCAUCUCUCCGACGUCAACACUCUUACUCUCAGUGGGCUGCUCAACGCCCUCGAUGGCGUAGCUGCAAGCGAAGGUCGUAUUCUAUUCGCCACAACCAACCACCUUGAGCGUCUGGAUCCUGCGCUGUCGCGUCCUGGUCGUAUGGACGUCUGGGUCGAGUUCCGGAACGCAUCGAAGUGGCAAGCAGAGCUUCUCUUCCGUAACUUCUUCCCGUCUGCGGACGAUGACGACGAGGUUAUUGAGGGCGACCUUGAGGGCGUCGAGCUCCCUACGCCUCCAUCGCCAUCAGUAGAGUCGUCGGCAAGUUCAACCUUCUCGUCUCUGCUGUCUGCCCUUAGCCCCGCGACAUCGAGUGUUUCGUCAUGGACCAGCCCCUCGACGCCGUCGACGCCGACCAGCUCGACCAUGGGUUCGCCGAGAGCACAGAAAGCGAACCCGCUCGACGCUUUGAAGAACCAGGCCUAUCUUCCGCCUUCGGUGGAGGAGGACAUAGCGGCCUUCAAGCAUACCGCGCCUCCACUCGAUGGCGAAACGUUGUCCAAGCUGGCCAAGCAGUUCGCUGACUCGAUGCCUGAUGAGGAAUUCAGUGUCGCCGCGCUUCAAGGCUAUUUGCUGAAAAGCAAGUCGAGCCCAGAGAAAGCUGCAGAUGGGGCCGCUGCGUGGGUCAUCACUGAGCGGGAGUUGAGGGAGCGGUUGAAGAAGGAACGCGAGCUCAAAGAAAAACAGGCGCGCGAGAAGCGUCGUCAAGAGCUCCUCGAGCAAGCCGCCGAAAAAAAGAAGGCAGAGGAGGAGGCGGCCAAGCUGGUUGCUGAGCAGAGCAAGUUGGGGAUUGUCGUGCCCCCACCCGUGGUCCCUGUCGACCUGGAGAACAAGGAAAACGCGCCACAGGACGAUAACAGCGAUUCUGAGUCGAGCUCGGGCACGAGCACCCCUGUGGAGGAACCCGUGCCAUGGAUACAGGUCGACGGCGAGAACUGACUCGGUUCCGAAGCGGUCCCGACCUCUUCUGCGGACGGCGAGUCCGUGUUGACGUCAAGCUUCGCCGCCCAAGACUCCAUCACCGCUCGCACCCUGGAUUCAUCUCCGCGCAGCACCGCCACUGUCCACGAGUUAAUCCGCCGCCACGCAGGAGGCUACGCUCUGACCCAGUUUGCGCAAUAUUAUCUGCUGCAUUUGCAUAUGUCGCUCUGGCUUAAAUUCUUGGGCAGGGAACGGCCGCUACGGACCUAACUUCCUAGCUCGACAUUGUUCUAGAGAUUCGACACAGAGGUAGUUCUGUUAAUGAAGCUGCUUUCUGACUUGCUGUCCAUCGUUACCCCUCUUUGCAUCAUUGUGACUCCGUCUGCGUUACAUCAUCCACGCACUUACCGCCCCUUCGCGUCACCCUUUUUUGUCGUACAUAUAUUGUGUCAGUUAUAUCUUUUUUUUGCAUCUACC